AUGGGUGUGUCCCCAGAAGGGAGGAGGCUCCGUGAGGAGGUGGGCAGCGAGGUUGCUCACCUUCAGUCGGGGACCCCGACGAUGGCCGGUGGGAUCAUCGGGGACCCUGGCGGCGGCGGGCGCGACCUAAUUACAGGAGGCGUCGCUUGGUAUAAUCCACGGCCGGCGGCGGCGCCCAGGACCAAGGUGGAUCGGGCCAGAGGUGGUGUUACAUGGCGGCGGUUAGAAGAAGGUGGGGCGAUUGUGGGGGCCUGGUGUGGCGGCAGGAGGAACGUGGUGGGUGGUGGCGGGGAGUGA